AUGAACGAUCCAGAAGAAUUUGAUGGAGAAUAUGAUGACUAUAUUGAAGGAAAGCUUACUGAACAUUCAAAUGAAAGUUAUGAAGAAAAAAGCGAUAUGGAAUAUUGCUCACCAAGGUUUGGUGAAUUCAAUUUUUCUGAAGAAGAUUCCAGCACUGAAACAGAUAAAGAAGACCUAGUUACCAAUGACGAAGAUAAUUUACAAUUUUAUUCUGAUACAGAAGGAUCGAAUGAAGAUUUUGAUAAAGAUGUAAAAGAACAUUCAAAAAUAAUUACUGGCCAAAUCAAUGAAAAUCAAAUUAAUCACAAUAUUCAAAAAACCAAUACUUUAAUUAGUGAAUAUUCUAAAAUAAAUUUAUUGCAGAAAGAAACAACAAAUAAUGAGCAUGGGCAUAACGAAAAACAUUUGAAAAUAGAUUCAGAAUAUAUGCAGCCUGCUGUAUUUGAAAACAAUUUGAAUGAUCAAAAAAAAAACAAAGAUCAGAAAAACUCAAAUCGGGCCGAUGAAACUCAGAUUUCAUAUAAAGAAUUAGAACUACAAGUUAAGUCUUUAUUAGAAGCUUCCAAUAAACACCAAGAAAAAGUUCAUGCUGAAUUGGAUGGACUAUUAAUGGAGAAUGAAAAUUAUAAAGAAGAGAUUUCUCGUUUAAAUAUUAUAUUGAAAAAUAAUGAGUUACUAUUAUCCCAAUACAAACUUAAAUCUAUGGCUCUUAGUGCCCAACUUCCUUUUCUAAAAAGUAAUUCGUUUAUGGAGCAAGAUAAAGAAGAAUUAUAUUUCUUAAGAAAUAAAGUAAAAAUUCUAGAGUCAAAGCUUAGAGAACAUCAAAAGGAAUUAGAAAAUUCUGAUACUUGUAAAGAAAAAAUAAUAUUCCUUGAAAACGAAUUAGAAAGGAUCACAAAAGAAUUUAAUGAAUUAGAAAUAUUCCAAACAGAACAACUUAGAAUUGCAGAUGGUGAGAUCAUCUCUCUUACUGAAGCAAAUAACACUCUUUUUAAAGAAAUGCAUUUAGUAAUGAAGGAGAAUGAGGGGCUGAAGUUAACAAAAUCUGUGAUAAAGAGGAUUGAAACUCAUUAUAAAAACAUAAGUGAUGAUAUUGUUUUGCCCAAUAUAGAAGAAGAAUUAAAUGAAAAAAUAAAAGAUUUUAUCCAAAAUAAGGACUCUAUUGAUGAUAAUGGAGUAUCUUCUCUUGUAUUUGAAACAUGCCAAACAAUUAUUCCAAGACUUGCGUAUGAAAUUGCAGAAGAAAUAGUUAUUAACCUCGAAAAUAAUGAAAGACCAAAUGAGCAAUUGAAAAGGUCGUUUACCAAAAAAAAUGCAUCAAUUCAAGUAGGUUUCCCUCUAAUUAAUGGCUCAACAAUAGACCAUUCGGAAAUAGGUAUUAUCUCGUCCAGAAGCGAAUUGAUAUCUUUAAGAAGUGAAAACAGCAAAUUAAAAAAGGAAAAUCAAAAGUUAAAACAAGAUCUUUUUUUAUUGAAGAGAAUAAAUCAUCGAACAAAAGAUCAAGCUAAGAUAAACUGUUUUAACCGCACGAAGCCCAAACAAAUUGAGCUAAUAAAUGAUAAUCAAGAAGAAUUAGUCCUUAAUGGUAUCAAAUGGUUAACAUCAGUUGUUAAUGAAAUAGAUGACCUUGAACAAAAAUAUAGCAGUAUUAAAGCUUGUAAAAAUAAACCUGAAUCCAGACGUUCAAGUGCAUACAAUUCUACGGUUGCAUCUUUUGAAGAUAUUAAUCUUGAUGUAAAUGAACGCUCGAGUAAGGAUGAAGUGAAUCUUGAUAAAGAAUUGAUUAUGUUAAGAGAAAAGUUAGUAAAUGAGGGAAUCCUCGUUGGAGAAUAG